UUGUGAAUUCUGUACUCAAAUGGCUAAUAAAAGUAUUGAAUUAGCUUUUACGGUCCUGGAGGUGUUGAUCGCUGUGGCAUGUUGCGUUGGCAACCUGCUGGUGAUCUGGGCAGUGUGGACGUGUGGUGCCAUGAGACGGAAGCCCACCUUCUGCCUCAUCGUCUCUCUGGCGGUGGCCGACUUCCUGGUGGGGGCGGUGGUCGUACCUCUGGCGGUUCUGGUGGACGGCCGGGUCAGAACUUCGUUCUAUGGCUGCCUGCUGCCUAGCUGUAUUCAGAUUGUGAUAACCCAGGCCUCUGUUCAAUCUCUGUUGGCCAUAGCAGUGGACCGAUUCCUGCGUGUUUACAUCCCUCACAGGUACAGGGCCGUCGUAACACAGAAGCUCAUCUGGAUCAUGGUAGGAACCUGCUGGUCCUCUUCAGGUGUUCUGGGGUUCAUCCCCAUGUUCGGAUGGUAUCGGCAGGACACUUUAGCUGAGAUGGAAGAAUCCAACUCCACCACUAUCACAUGCACAUUUUUAGGAGUGAUCCCCAUGAACUACAUGGUCAACUUUAACUUCUUUGUCUGCCUGCUGCCUCCACUGGUGCUCAUGGUGGUGUUGUACUUGUGCAUAUUUGUGAAAAUCCAUCAGCAACUGAGAGGAAGCGGGGCAAGUGGCAGUGAUUCUCAAAACUACUACCAGAAGGAGCGACAGCUGGCCCAUUCCCUUCUUUUAGUCUUGGUGCUCUUUGGUGUAUCCUGGCUUCCUCUUCACUUCAUGAAUGUUGCCGCACUGUACAGUCCACAGUUGACAGUUCCUCAUCAAGUCUUCUAUGUGGGCAUUCUAUUGGCACAGGCAAACUCAGCAGUUAAUCCCAUCAUUUAUGCCCUAAAGGUACAGAAAAUCAGAGAAGCCAUGAGGUCUUUAUGGAGGAGAGUAUUUCUGUGUAACGUGGAGCGAAAGGCCCAGGGCAGUAGUCAAACACGAGUGAAGCAGAGUAGCAGCAAUCAAAACAACUUAAAUGAGACAAUUGAGUCAAAGAGUGCAAUUAAAACACAAUCAUUGACUGAUUCUGGAAACUUUGGCGAAAACAUUCACCAGCUAUAA